GCGCUGCGAUCGCGUUUAGUGCGUCGCGUUUGCUUCACGGAGUCGGAGUGGAAUUCGUAGUCGAAAUCGCAAGUCACAAGCUGAGCGCUAUUUCAGAAAGUGUCGGUGUGACAGUGACAGUGACAGUGGCAAAUCAAAUCUAUGAAUAACUCGUACAUAAAAUCAAAAUAAAUACUCAUUGUGUGAAACAAUAGAAAACGACAAACGAAGCGAGUCUCGUUAAAUCAAGUGUUUAAACUUCAAAGCUCUAGAAAGGCAAAACUGAGAAAGCUGGGCGAGCGAAAAUGUCAAGCUUACGGAAAACCACGGCGGCGUUGAUAAGGCGCACCACUUACUCGGCAACGCGGGUGGUGCCACCGCCCACAGCAGCUGAGGGCGGGGUGGCGGCGGCGCUUCCGCAUGAUGGCGUCGGUGUGGCAACGGAAAUUGAAAAAUCAAUUGCGUCUGGAGCAUUGCAGCGACGACAGCAACAACAACAAUUGAAAAGGCAGCCAGAUGCUGCAGCCAAAGUCAGCACAGCAACUGCCACAACAGCAGCAACAACAACAACAACAACAACACCGACAACAGCAACAACAUCAACAGUUGCUGCUGCUGCGUCUGCUGUGCGUCCGUAUUCGGAGGUUCCCGGGCCGUAUCCGUUGCCGUUGAUUGGCAACUCGUGGCGAUUUGCGCCACUAAUUGGUACAUACAAAAUUAGUGACCUGGACAAGGUUAUGCAUGAGCUGCAUGUCAACUAUGGCAAAAUGGCCAAAGUGGGCGGACUUAUUGGACAUCCGGAUUUGCUGUUUGUAUUCGAUGGCGAUGAAAUACGCAAUAUAUUCAAAAAGGAGGAGACCAUGCCGCACAGACCCUCGAUGCCAUCGCUGCGACAUUAUAAGGGUGAACUGAGACGCGACUUCUUUGGCGAUGUGGCAGGUCUAAUUGGCGUGCACGGGCCCAAGUGGGAGGCAUUCCGCCAGGAGGUGCAACACAUUCUACUGCAGCCGCAAACAGCCAAGAAGUAUAUACCGCCUCUCAAUGACAUUGCCAGCGAGUUUAUGGUGCGCAUAGACGAGAUGCGCAAUGAGAAGCAAGAGCUGCCCGACAACUUUCUGCAUGAACUGUACAAAUGGGCGCUUGAAUCUGUCGGUCGCGUUUCACUGGACACACGUUUGGGCUGUUUGAAGCCAGAGGGCAGCGCGGAGGCGCAACAAAUUAUUGAGGCCAUCAAUACGUUCUUUUGGGCCGUCCCAGAGCUCGAGCUUCGCAUGCCCCUUUGGCGUGUCUAUCCCACAAAAGCCUAUCGCAGCUUUAUACGUGCUCUGGAUCAAUUCUCCGCCAUUUGCAUGAAGAACAUCAGCAAAACGAUGGACAAAGCCGAUGCGGACCAGGCGCAAGAUGUCCACAAAAACGAGGCCGAUAUCUCUAUUGUGGAGCGCAUUGUGCGCAAAACUGGCAAUCGCAAAUUGGCUGCUAUUUUGGCUCUCGAUCUGUUUCUCGUGGGCGUCGAUACGACCUCAGUCGCAGCCUCUUCGACCAUUUAUCAGCUGGCCAAGAACCCCGAGAAGCAGCAGCGUUUAUUUGAGGAGCUGAAACAGGCGUUUCCAACGAGCGAUGCGCAAAUCAAUCAGCAUGUCCUUGAGCAGAUGCCGUAUAUGCGUGCGUGCGUCAAAGAAACGCUGCGCAUGCGUCCGGUUGUCAUUGCGAAUGGGCGUAGCCUGCAGUCGGAUGCCGUUAUUAACGGCUAUCAUGUGCCAAAGGGCACGCACGUCAUCUUCCCACAUCUGGUGGUCUCCAAUGAUCCCACAUACUUUCCCGAACCCAAGAGUUUUAUACCCGAACGUUGGCUAAAACAGAGCGCAGUUGAGGGCUGCCCACAUGCUGGCCAGAAGAUACAUCCGUUUGUCAGCCUGCCCUUUGGCUACGGGCGUCGCAUGUGCGUGGGACGACGAUUUGCUGAAAUCGAACUGCACACGCUGCUGGCCAAGAUCUUUCGCAAAUACAAAGUCUCUUACGACUCGGACGAAUUCGUUUAUCGCGUCAACUCAACGUACAUACCGAAAUCGCCGCUAAACUUUAAGCUAACGCCGAGGGAGGAAUAAAAGGAGCAAAAGCCACGUUCUUUGUGUGACAACGCGGCGGCUGUGUGAUAUUUUUAGCUUUCUGUGUCUGUUUGCUUCUCGUUAUUAUGCAUGUUUUGUGUCGUGGUUUUCACUUUUCUCGUGUUUCUCUUUUUUUCUAAUUAAGCAAAUGGGCUUGAGAUACAAAUGUAUCUGAGCUGUAUCUCAGCUGCAGCUGACCGCGUGUCGCACAACUGAACAAGACACAACAACAUCUUGUACAUAUGUAACAUGUAAUCAUUUUAGUCAUCAGCUUAGUUUAGUUUUGUACUGUAACCAAAAGUCGUAGCCAAUAAAACAGCCAAAAAGUA